AUGAAGUUAGAAGCCGACACACAUAAUCUCUUGGAUGAGAAUGCGUCCGCAUCCGCCGCCGCUGACGUUCCUGAAAGAGUGCUGUCCAUUUUGUCGCACAAGUCUCCGAUCAGCACUACCCGUCUUGCCAACGAACUCGGGCUCGAACAUCAGCAGACUGUUGGAGCCGUGAAAAGCUUGGAGGCUCUAGGGGACGUGAUACGAACAGAACCGUCGUUGACGAUAUAUUGGGAACUAACAAACGAGGGUCAGGAGGUA